AUGCGACUGAUAAUGAUGGGGAAAAAAGAUGAUACUGAGCAUGAAAAAGAGCAGUUUACAAGUGCUACAGGACUCCAGAAUGUUGCCGUGUACGGAGACGAUAGCGCUGUGUACAUAAAUUCGGAACCAGAGGUCGCAGUUCACUUGAAGAUCGUACUGAAGUGUAUCCGGGAGGCUGGCCUGCGGAUAAAUGAGACCAAGACACCGCUCGUUCGGAAUUCGGUGUCACUGCUGGAGAAUAACAUUGGUCACGGAGAGCUCACUCACCACACAGCCAGAACAAUUGUACCACAUUCAAUUCAAUUCAAUUUAAUUCAAUUUAUCAGCCAUAAACCAUGUGGCAUAGGUAUAUUGGUUCCAGCUGCUAGAGUUUCGAUUACCGGAAAGUGGGAGAGUGUGGGGCACACAGACAGGCCUUGGAGCGGAUUCCAUGUUUAG